AUGCCAGUUAGAGUGGAGAGCAUAUUAAUGCUCAUAGCAGCUGGAGAGUUUUCAAUAGGGAUACUAGGGAAUACAUUCAUUGCUUUGGUAAACUGCAUGGACUGGAUCAAGAACAGGAAGAUUGUCUCCAUUGAUUUAAUCCUCAUAAGUCUGGCCAUUUCCAGAAUUUGUUUAUUAUGCAUAAAUGCUUCUCUAGCUAAUAACCUUACUCCCUUUUCUAUGUCCUUGAUCUCAUUUCUCCUCUUGAUCCUCUCCCUAUGGAAACACACAAGGCAGAUGCAGCUAAAUGCAACAGUGUGCAGAAACCCCAGCACGGUUGCUCAUGUGGGAGCCAUGAAAGCCAUCAUCUCCUUUCUCCUCCUCUUCAUAGCCUACUAUUUGGCCUUUCUUGUAGCCACCUCCAGCUACUUUAUGCCAGAGACAGAAUUAGCUGUGACCUGGG